AUGCGCGACUCAAGGAUCUUUACUGUUUUUGAUCCUGGAGGAUGUGUUGUCUACGGCUACCCCUCCACUGGCAGGAUCCUUAUCAAAGAUAGUCCUGACCUUCUCAACAUACUUUUCCUAUCGGUCCCCCGCUCCCAUGCAUCACAGCACUCACCCAGUACCGAUAAAGAAGACAGAUUCUGUAAUCUUAUACAACGCACUGGUGCGAAGUUUUGGCCAAGUAAGGAGGAGUGGAUUGCAGUGAAGAUGGAAAGGAGGGAUAUCACGGAGGAAGAAGAAAAGGUGAUGGUGUAUGGUUGGCUGAUAAAUGGAGUGGGUGUGUGGGUGUUGAGGUAUAGGAGUACCAGUCAAAUAUCCCGAGAUUUUGGGAGAAUGAGUUUUGCGAUGAAUAUGGAUGAGAGGAUACAGAUCAUGAAAGAGUAUGGCGCUACGUUUUUUGAAGAUGUGACGCAGGUGAAGGAACUUGACAGAACCAGUGACUAAAUACAUUUUCA